AUGACAGAGACAAACGAGACAACAAGCCUUCUGACAGCGCACGAAUGCGAAAACGGAAGGGUCGAGAGUCACCGCCAUGGAACAUCACAUGCUGAUAGCAACUCUGACCAACCUGUCCACUCCGAGAAAACUACCGUAGUACUUUGCGGUCUCUUCAUCAUCCUAUUCCAGUUUGCGGAUAUUCUCAGAUUUGCUCCUUCCUUGCACCUUCUCGAGCUAGGUUAUUGCAGGGAUUACUACCAUGAGCACGACCCACGGUUGAUCGAUCCUGUCGGACAAAUUCCUGAACGCUUUUGCAAAGUGCGAGAAAUCCAGGAAGAUCUUUCGUCUAUUAGAGCAUGGCUUGGCUUCGUGGAAGGACUUGUUGAUUUUGCCCAAGAUGCUCAUUGUUUCGAAGGUUUCUUCUGGAAAACUUUCCCUAUCGAUGCGAUUGUGAUAUCACCAAUGCUAAGGGCAGUGGGCGGUGGAGCGCCUGUAGCCUCCGCUGUCAUACUAGCCAUCGUGGCUAGUGCAGUACCUGCGUCAAAGAGAUCCAGCGCCUUCUUUCUGAUGGGAGCGGCCGAACUUGUCACAGAGAUGAUAAUGCCCUUGGUCAGCACUGCUUUUCUUAGCAACGGGUUUGUCUAUACACCUAUCUUGUUAGGUUUUGUCUUCGAGGGUCUGGCUCUCCUUGCAAUCUAUCAUGUCCCAGUCGACACAUGCAUAGCGCAUUCAGGAGAGCGAUUACCCACCAAUGCGCAGCGGAAUGAUGGUCAGCAUGCGUCGCAAACCAGCUUCGCGGACGUCAAGAGCGAUAGGCUCAAGUAUCUG